GGUAGCGGGCUCUUCACCUGGCCUUUGUAUCUAGACCCGGUAAGGUGUAGCUCGAUGCAACACACCUCCUAGUUCACCUGUUGAGAUUCUUUCUCGAACAACAUGAGAUUGCGGAGGACUGCUCUGUUAUGUGUACAGAACUGCUAAGGCUUGCCGGCGCCCUUAGUAGCGUAAAACUUAUGAUAAUACUGUCUUCUAUAUACACUUACACCUGGUCAACUCCUUAUUGUUCCCCGAACUAUUGAUGUCUCCUGCAUUAGCACGCGUGAACCCACGUGGUUCGCAAGGAAUAUCGGCGUUCUAUCGGGUUCGUAUAAAGUAAUCGCGCUGCACGCAAGGCCGAUCCUUUGGGGAUUUCCAUCGUAGUCUCUCAGCAGUGAAGCUUGUUCGAAGGCUGUUUACCCGGUGUCCAGUAGCCAGGCUUCCCUCCUUCUCUAACUUGCAGGAGCCUGCUACAGUACACCAAUGGCGCGUCUCGCGUUCGUUGCGGCUCUUCCGCUAGCCAGCUUAGCGCUCGCUCAAACAAUUCAGAACGGCACUGAAGCCACUGAAGACAACGUCGCGCCAGCUGUUGAGACAGUGGACACAGACUCUGCAUCGUCGGGCGUUGACUACUUCUCAUAUGAGUCGAGUCAGCUCACAACCGACGUUAUCAGCAAUUUGACAAACUACAAUCUCAGUGACGUCGCACUCUUUAAUUUCACUGACACUGAAGCUGAAACUACGGCUGCAAAACGCUCCGGCCGUAUCUGCAAGGUCUAUCCGGGAGACAAAAGCUGGCCGUCUCGUUCAAUAUGGAACCUUCUCAAUAUCCUGCUCGGCGGCGCCCUGAUCGAGGGUGUGCCCGCUGCAGCACCAUGCUACUCGAAUUGGCCUCAAUACAAUGAGACUACCUGUGCAUCAAUCACUUCCCAAUGGGAGACUCCUUCAUACCAACUAUCGCAACCUCUAGGUAUCCAAUACUACAUCUUUGAGGGAGUGAGCUGCCUACCACCCAGUCUUACACGUACAGGCGCCAACUGUACCCUUGGCGGCAUGCCCUCGUAUGUCGUCAAUGCGACGAACGUGGCGCAGAUCCAGCUUGCCGUCAAUUUUGCGCGGAACCUCAACUUACGAUUGAUCGUUAAGAAUAAGGGCCACGACUUUAAAGCUAAGUCCACCGGUAGCGGAGCUCUUUCUAUUUGGACCAAUGCCCUUCAAGGCAUCCAGUACCUAGGAUCCACCUACGCUCAUCCGGCCUCGGGCUACAAGGGGCCGGCUUUCAAGAUCGGCUCUGGUGUUGAGGCUUUGGCUCUCUAUACCGCCGCUGACAACUUGAACCUUCACAUCGUCGGCGGUAAUACCCGAACCGUCGGUGUUGGUGGUGGAUAUAUCGCCGGUGGUGGUCACUCCCCCUUACUAUCCAAGUAUGGCAUGGCAGCCGACCAAGUCUUGUCUAUGGAAGUUGUUCUACCUAAUGGCCGAUUUGUGUCUGUCGAUGAGAAGAACAACCCUGAUCUGUUCUUCGCUCUCCGUGGCGGCGGUGGCAGCACCUGGGGCAUUGUGACCUCUCUCGUCAUCCGCGCUUAUCCGAAGACUCCUGUUUCUACCCUCACCUACAGCUUCGCCGUCAGUGACAAUAUCUCAACGGAGGUAUUCUGGAAUGGCGUCAAUACGGUCUUUUCCAAAUUUCCUCAGUAUGCCGAUGCGGGAAUGUACAGCUAUUUCUCCGUCGCCUGUCUCCCCACCUGUACCUUUUCCAUGACUCCGCAGUGGGCGAACGACCUUGUCGCUACUGGACUCCAAAACCUAUCGGCCCCCUUAUUUAAUGAGUUGGCCAGCCUUGGUAUUACUAUCACCGAUGCCGUCUACACGGAUUACACCGGCGUCCUCGGCGCCAUCAACGGCACUUGGCCCGCCAGCACCGAGGCAGGUGGUGUAUGGAAUUUCAACACCGGGUCUAGACUAUUCCCUCGGUCCAACUGGGAGAACUCGACACUGCUAGCCGCUCAAAAUGCUGCUCUCCGAACAUCCAUCGAGGCGGCUGGCAUGAUGCUCGGAUACAACAUGAAAGCAGCCACGAAUCCGACCGUCAACCAGUCCAACGCCGUGAACCCGGCGUGGCGCGAGACCCUCUUGCACGCCUUGCUAGGCGCUACUUGGUCCCAAGAAGCCACGCCCGCAGAGAUCGCCGCGGCGAACAAGAACCUAGUCGAGACUAUGCAGCCGUGGCGAGACGUCUCCCCUAACGCUGGCGCGUACCUCAACGAGGCCGACAUCAACGAACCGAACUGGCAGCAGGCCUUCUACGGGUCUAACUACGACUACCUGUACGACUUGAAGCAGAAGUACGACCCGUGGGGCGUGAUGUGGGCUCCCACCGCCGUCGGCUCCGAGGAUUGGAACAUGACCGGCCAAAUCGCCUACUACCCGACACAGAACGGGAAGUUGUGUCCCGUAUAA